GGCCUCCGGGAGGGGCGGGCGGGACAGACCCAGCCGCCCCGGCUCCCCCGCCGUCCGCGUCUGCGCCGCCCCCGGGGCCUGGUCGGCGGCUGCUGGGCUGGUCGAUGGCCCGGGCGGCGGCGGCGGCAUGCGGCUCCUGUUCCUGGCAGUGCUGCGCCCGCACACGGGCAACGCGGUCACGGCCCAGCGCGUCCGGGCCCAUCUAGAGGCUGCAGGGCACGUGUGCGUUUUGAAAGAUGCCUUUGACUUUGAAAGCCCAUCUGAGAUUGCAAACCUCAUCUUGGCUGAGAACUGCGAGGCUGCCCUGGCUCUUCAUCUCUAUAGGGGAGGCAGGCUUUUGCAAGGCCACCGAAUCCCUUUUGGAAUCAUCUUUGGAGGAACUGAUGUCAAUGAAGACGCCAACCAGGAAGAAAAGAACACAGUCAUGGGCAGAGUUCUUGAGGAAGCCAGAUUUGCUGUCGCUUUCACAGAGUCAAUGAAGGAAAUGGCACAAGCGCAGUGGCCGCAUGCUAAGGGUAAGAUCUACGUCCAGAGUCAAGGAAUUGCAACAACACCAAACGCCGCUUUUAACUGGAAUACCUUUCUUCAACGCUCCGAGAUUAACCACAGUGCUGAUAAUUUGCACAUAUUUCUUCUGAUAUGUGGACUUCGACAAGUUAAGGAUCCUCUCUAUCUGGUGGAUGCAUUUUCAGAAUGGCAUCAGGAGGAGCCCAGUGUGUACCUGGUGAUUGCAGGUCCUGAAGUCGAUCCAGUGUUUACAAGGGAAGUAAAAGCCAAAGUGAGAAGGGCCGCUGGGGUUCGAUUGAUUGGAGAGAUGCCCCAAGAAGAUUUGCACGCGGUGGUGAAGAACUGCUUCGCGGUGGUGAACAGCUCUGUCUCUGAAGGCAUGUCCGCUGCAAUUCUGGAGGCGAUGGAUUUAGAAGUUCCGGUGCUGGCCAGGAACAUCCCCGGGAAUGCUGCCGUGGUGAAGCAUGAAGUCACAGGGCUACUGUUUUCCAAUCCUCAGGAGUUUGUUCAUCUGGCAAAGAGACUGCUUAGUGAGCCUGCAUUAGAAAAGGAAAUUGUAGUGAACGGAAGGGAAUACGUGAGAAUGUAUCAUUCAUGGCAGGUGGAAAGAGAUACCUACCAACAGCUCAUCAGGAAGCUGGAAGGAAGCACUGAAGAUUGAGGGCCCCGCCUCAUCAGACACCCGCUGUCCGACACACAGCUUUGGGUGGACACUCAGAGACAGAGUUCUGGGUAACGUGGGUCCCGGGCCGUUCAUAUAAAACCAGCCUCAGCAGAAUCCUAGAAAAUGUUGGUCGUGAGUCCCCAGAGCCACUGCGUUUAUCCCAUAUCCUUCUGUGCGUUCAGAUGCUGUCCCAGGUGUGUUCACCGGCCAGUCCUGAUGGAGGUGCAUGAGUGACUGGGUUGACUGGGACAGGGAAAGGGGAACUGGUUUUCAGGGAAUUGGGGAGAGAAUUUGAUUACCUGCUUUAGGGCUUUGGUGCAGACAAUAGAGGCUUAUUUUCAAGCAGUCACGGUUCAGACUCCCCCGACCUGCCUUCUGACUGACCUCUACCCAUCAUUGCCAGUUUGAAAGGCAAAAGCAAAACACAGACAUGUCAGCUGAGCUGGGUCCUAGCAGGAUUUUUGUUGUGAUCUCAGGACUCUGACAGACACGUGGGUGGCCCCAGGCUUCUCUGAACAAUAGAAAGUGCUGUGAGUGAGCUCACACCCAGCACAUCUCACUUUUCAAUGGUGGAAUUGAAAGUUGUGCUUUUAAGAAAAGUGGCCAGGCUGCUUGUGGCCCCGCCCACCUCUUGGCUGAAUUUGAGUGGAAAACCAGGUAGUAACAAGCGCCACAUCAUGAGUAGCCUGCAAAACACUCAAGUGACCCUGAGAUGGAGUCCUGGGGCUUUGGGUCCAGGGUGGGCCCUUCCCCUUCCCACAUCAGGGACCCAGGGAUGGGUGUUGGAAGGGUCACCAGCCUCCAGCCCUUGGCAGGAUGGAGCUUAGGUCUGCAGGGCUUUGCAGCCACACAGUGAGGUCAGCUGUGCCAGCCCUGCCAUCAUGGUAAUGGUGGCCUCGCCCCAUCCAUGUCAUCCAUGUUACAUGAGGACGUGCAGUCUUCCUUGUCCCCUGCUAGU